GUGGAUUUUUUUUCCCUCCUCGCUCUCCAUCACGUUCGUUCUACAUCUCUGACCUUAGCGAGUCUAGUUCUUUUCCAUUGGCGAGGCAGAACCGAAAAGCCUUCAACUCAUAAGAUUCUUGAUUCUUUCUGUUGUUAUACGGGGAUGGGGUCCCCGACUUGCUCUCAGAUCAUUUCAAGAUUGAGUCUUCAAGGCCACCCAGAUGGCGGGUACUAUUUGCAGACCUUGAGAGACUCCUCCAUCGUCCUCUCGAAACCCCGCCUUCCCUCUCGAUGUAAACUUCUUGAAACCUUAACUUUUCUUCUAUAAUUGUUCGAGUCUCAGUGGCAUGUUACUGCGGUUUUGUGGGGACAAAGUCGAUCGUCCUGUGAGCACAUCCAUUUACUUCUUGCUGCCUUCGGGGAGUGUGACGCUCCUCCAUCGGAUACCAUGUGCAGAAACCUUUCACUUCUACCUUGGAGAGCCUCUGACGGUAUUCGAGCUAUACGAAGAUGGAAAUUUCAAGCUAACCCACGUUGGAUCUGAUCUACUGGUGGAAGACCAGCAACCUCAGUACACAGUGCCUCCAUAUGUUUGGUUUUGUUCAUUUCCAACAAAUGACUAUACCAUUUCCACAGAUGGGGCUGUGAAAGUUCACAAAGCCGAACCAAGGGACGCGGAGAACCACCACUCUCUUCUGGGGGUUACUUGUGCCCCUGCCUUUCAGUUUGAGGAUUCUGAGGUGGCAAAACGGGCCGAGUUCGUUUCGCAAUUCCCACACCUCGAGCCUCUCAUCUCCUUACUCACUUUGCCCGACUAACGGUUGACUGCUCCAGCAUCUAGCACUUGAAAAGCUGUAAGGUGGGAACAUCAUUGCUUGUUAUUGCCUAGUGAGAGUGCAUCAUGAAAGGUGCAGCAUUGGCUGUGAGCUUUGUGUUAGGAAGGUUAAUCAACUCUUCGGCUAGCAUAUAUAGUGAACUGACGUUAUGUAAUCAAAGUUCUGAGAAGUUUUCAUGCUAUAAAUUCAUGUUUCUGCCUUCUCGACACCUGUGAAUAUACAGAGGCAGAAAUUUAUGUUUUA